AUGAAGAAAUUUGCCGACCGCAAACGACGUCCCACGGACUAUAAGGAAGGCGACAUGGUCUUGGUAAAGUUCAAUCCAAGACAGUUCAAGGCACUAAGAAGCGUUCAUCAAAACUUAGUGCGAAAAUAUGAGGGUCCGUUCAAGAUCAUAGCCAAGGUAGGCAAGAUCUCAUACAAGGUAGAGUUGCCUCCCCACUUCAAAAUCCAUCCGGUGUUCCAUGCAAGCGUCCUCAAGCCUUACCACGAGGACAAGGAAGACACUAGUCGGAACCAACCCCGCCGGGCCCCCAUUACUGUCACUGCCUCGCACGACCGGGAGAUUGAAGCUAUCAUAGAUUAUCAAGCCAAAUGGAAGCGAGGCCAACAAGCCAGCGCCAUGUUCCUUGUACAUUGGAAGGGACAAUCCCCAGAGGAGGCACAUGGGAGAAAUAUGAAGACUUGUGGCAGUUCAAAGACCAAAUUCGGGAGUUUUUGCAACAAUGCGCCGUGGUCGUCGCAUCAUCAGGUGGGGGAGCAUGUGAUGUCCCGCCACCAACAUAGGCAACUUUUGCAGCGAAGAAGGCGUGGAGGUUUCUAG